UAAUGACGUGAUAAUAAUGUCGAAUACUAGCAACAAUAGUGGCACAGUGUACUGGUGAGUCAUGCAAAACUCUAGUGCUCUGAGAAAGAGAACAAAAUGAGUUGAAGUUCGUACGUUGACACAAGGUUUGACUUCACUGUACAGUAUACUGCAUACGACUACAUUCACUACACAUGAUGAUCAAGAGGCGAGUCUAUCUUUAGUCAUCAAGAGUCUGACCUCUCUUAAUUAACCAUUUGCAGUACGUUUAGUCCUGUACGAGAGUCUUCCUUACUCUCCCGCUUCUCAAAUUCUGCUCUCCUUGUCUUUUGCGAAGGGGUUCCAGAGUGCUGCGACCUUAAUUAAUUAAGUGUGGAGGCAGGUAGUUGGAAAAUGGUGGCCUCAAUUUCGCUCUUCUACAACCCAGACCAAGCUCUUGAACAGACCUGGCUGUACGUAUCUCGAAGCAAUCAGGCUAAAAGUGGCUACUACAGACUCCUGUCCACUCAGUAGGACGCGUCAUACUCACUAGCAGUUGCCCGGACGACACAAACGUCUCUGCAAUUGUCCUCCGUAUUUGCGAUUCCCACACUAUUCUUAGCUUGGGGAUCUUCGGAAAUCGAAACACGAUUGCGUAUGACUUGUGAGAAUUGGUGCAUCCCGCAGCGACGCAACACCGAACCAUUCUUUCGCCACAGAUUCCUUUGUUUGCAAAGAGGUCUCCCGCUGUGACGUCACAUUACACCACGCCCUUUAUAACACGUUACCGGAUCUUGAAGAACCGGAAGCAACUCUGACCUGCUAUAUUAACUUAAAAAUCUAAAUCUAUUUUCCUGUCAUGUAUGCAACUAGAACUAUCAAUUUCCAACAUAAAAGAAUUUUUGAUUUUUGCGUUGCAGUUACCCUUUAUUAGUAUUUAUUGAGAGCAACACUAUUUCUACCCCUGAACUUCUGAGUAGUAAGUAAACCUGUAUGGUGAUCUGCUGUAUCUUUUAUGCCACGCCCAUAGGCGCAAGUCUUUGUCUGCAGGAAUGUCUACUACCUAGUAGGCAGGAAGGUCUAUCUCAUGGUUUGGGAGAUUUGAAAUAUUUCAGGUUUGACUGUUUGACUGUCAGGCAAGAGCUUGCUAUGCACCGCCCUUUAUUGCAUUUCUAGAGGAUUUGACGGUAACUGAUCAUAGUGUUGGCACAAAAAACUAAAUGAGGAGGAGUUACGCUGCUUGACACGUGGUAAAGUAUUUAGCAUAAUCGUCAUCUUUUUGACACAUCUAAUGGUGAUCAUGUCGAGACGUCACGCAGUUUAGCGCGAGCAAUUGUUACUACGGUAACGAGUGGAAACUCUCGUUGUGUUUACUGUACCUCUCUCAGCGUGUCGCGAUUUCCUUCACUCGAAAAGCUAAUCGCCAUGGGAUGCGGAUCGUCAUCAGCAUCCACGACUCCUGUAGCAACUAGUCCUGUGCCUAAUGGUUCAGCGGCCGCCACAACUCGUCAGUCUAGAGAAAGCGAGAAACCUGCGCCUAGAGACCCGGUCAGAGCGGAUGAAAGAACUGAUCGUCAGAAGGAACAGGAAUGUGUGAAGCUGAAUGUCAAAGACGACGCUGCGCUUAGGACAUUGACGCUUGACAGACGCGAUGAUCACGUCGAUAGAAACAAGAGCGCUGAUGACUACAGCAAAGAAGCGGAAAAUGAAAAGUUAGGAACAAAGAGCGAGAAAGACGAGACGGAUGGUGUUGGAGAUAUUCAGAAGAAAGAAGAUGGAGUAGGACACACACACGCGGCAGAGGAAAGUGAAGGAAAAGACGGGGUGGUUGUCAUGGUAACUACCGAAAACGAAGCUGUACCUGCACAGGCGGAAAAAGACAAACAAGGAGAAGGUAGAAAUGGUGAACAGACGUCAGAGAAGAAAGGUGAUGAAAGUAACAAAGUGGAAACAGCUGAAGGAAAGGGGACAGCAGAAGGGUGUCACAUCACUGAGGCAACAAUGGAUCAUUUUAUGUCUCUUGAAGCAGACAUUGAUCGUUUGACAAAGGACGAUGUAGUCAGUCAACUGAAGACUGCAGAGGAGAGGUUGGAGAGUGUUACCCAAAGUCUUGCUGACAGUGAUGACAGACUCAAAGUGCUGCAAGCAAAGACAGCCCAAGAAUUUCAGGAUGUGGUGAGACUUAAGGGAGCCAGUCUUCAAGGUUUGGUGGUCCAUAACUAUGAGCAGCAAUUGAGUAAAGAGGAAGAUGAGUAUUAUGCAGCUCUAAAUGAGCAGAAUCUUGAGGAACACAAGAAGAAACAUUUGGAGGAACAGUACGAGAAAACCAGUCAUCAUGUAGCCAUGCUGAGAAGUCAAGUUGAUGAGUUGAUCAAAAGGCAAGAGGAACGUGAAGACUUACUAAGUGAGAUAUUUGAUGGAGACUAUGGCAGUGAGAAAGAACAAGAGCUAGAGUUGAAGGUGAAUCUCUUUGUUGAUAAGCAUGGCCAGGUGAAAACAGCUCAUUUUCGAUGGAGUAAUGCACGUGUUCUGGUUGGCCAUGCCAUCAAACAAUUGCACCAUGCAAUUACCAAGUGGGUUGACAUGAGAAGAAUACACCCUGCUAAUAGACAGUUGCUUUAUCGUGUUGCAACUGAGGCUCGAAACAACUUGAGUGCUUCUUCUCAGAAUGUUUAUAGUGCUCAUCAAUACAUUCCUUCGCCUUUGGAAGUUCCUUACUGCAACAGCACUGAUAUGAAUAAACUGAACGUUGCCAUUGCUCGACUCUACCAUGACAUGCUGUAUCCUGUCUCACAUAGAGCUGCAUAUGAUCUCUAUGUUCAGAUAUAUCACAGGAUGUGUCUGUUUCAUCAAUGGAUUUCCCAUGUUGUCACUAGUAACAUUGCUACUCAAUUGGCAUCUCUUACCAAGAAGCUCAACAAAAAGAGAAAGAAGCUUGUGGAAGAGAGGAAGAGAAUUAUGUUGUGUAUGAUCAAGGGAGAGGGCAGUCCAGAGACAACAGAGGAUGCUGAUGACUCUGACGAUGAAACUGAAGACAAAGAUGAGCUGUCUGCUUCAUCAGAGGACAGUAGUAACGAUCAUCUCAACCCAGAUGGAGGUCCAACUGAAGCUGACACUAUUUCUGUGUCAUCUCAAAACGUCCUUGACGAGCAGCAAGUCUCCAACUCAGAUGUUGAAAACGAUGCUGCUGACAUACCAAAUUUCCAACCUAUUCCUUUGUCAGAACUGGCCCCACCUCCUUCCCAAGAUCAAGUGUUUGGCAAUGUUGAUGAGCUGAUGAAGCAGCAUGAAGAUGAAUUGGAAGAAUUCAACAAGGCCAGAGAGAGAAGCAAGGCAAGAACAGAACAAGACUUGAAAGAAAAGCUUAGGCAGAGGAGAAGCAAAAAAAGGAAGCAGCAGUUGCAGGCAAUAGAGGAACAGAUGGUGAAAGUGAAUGGAGAAGAAAGCUAGGAAGGGACAAAGGAGCAAUAGAGUUCUAUCACGUAGAAAUUGAGCAUGGUAUGACUUGUAUGCAGUCAUAACAACUGAAACAUAGAAAUGUAUUCUUAUUGGCACAAGAUGUCUUGUAUUUUUGUGUAUUUAUUUAGCUUGAAGUGAAGUGAUUGAAUGUGUAGUUCUAUGGUUGUGCCUUGUAAUUCAGAAAUUAUGUAUUUUAGUUUGGGAAUAUAUCAGAAGUGUUGACUGUGGUUAACCAUGUA